AUGAUAGUAUACCAGUGCAUUUUACUGGUGUUUGAUUUCCUGAAUUUUGUCUUCCGAGCCAAUUUGCUGACGCUGCAGGCUGCUUGGAGAUUAGUUUUCCCCCCUCCCGAGAAAUCAGUUGUGGGAGAAAUCGUUUUGAUAACAGGAGCUGGCCAUGGCAUUGGGCGCGAGUUAUCCCUCCAACUGGCACGUCUGGGAGCAAAAAUUGUCUGUUUGGACAUUGAUGAGGCAAACAACCAGAAAACUGUCGCAGAUAUUUGCCGUGAAGGCGGUGCUGCGUAUGGAUAUAAAUGUGAUGUGACAAGCAGAGAUGAAGUGAGAACUGUGUCUAAUGAGAUUCGUGAAAACAUUGGUGAAAUAACUAUUCUUGUGAAUAAUGCGGGGAUAAUGCCCUGUAAACCGUUUAUCAAGCACACUCCGGAAGAUAUUGAGAGGAUCUUCAAAGUCAACGUAUUUGCACACUUUUGGAUGCUAAAAGAGUGGCUGCCAACUUUCAUAGCCAUGGGACGUGGCCAUGUUGUCGCCAUGUCUUCUAUUGCUGGACUUAUGGCAACCAGUAAUGUUGUGCCUUAUUGUGCUUCUAAAUAUGCUGUUAAAGGUCUAAUGGAUGGCCUUGUGGAAGAGAUGAGGUACGGAGGUCGAAAUCCGAACAUCAAAUUCACGUGUGUGCAUCCCUUCGUUGUUGACACCGGACUUGCAAAGAAGCCCCGUAUAAGGUAA